GCAGGAGUGGUCGAGAUGGGCGGCGUGCAAAGCGGAGCUCACAACCUCGGCGACGCUUUGUGGGUGCAAGAAAGACAGCGUCAAAAAUGGCGAGGAUCCGGUCGGUACGAGGAACGAUCCUCGAGCCAGGAGCGCCGGAAGUUGCUGAAGAGGACCAGGAGCUUGGCGGUGGUUUCCGAGGACAUCUUCAGGAAUCAUAGCGAUUCCCGUCGUUUUCGACUCGGGGAACCCUCCGACACCCCCAGGAGGUCCCAGCUCAUCCCUAGAGCGAAGCUCAUCGACCGGAACUCCCUGAAGGACAGGUUGUCGAAAAGCCAACAACAUUUGUCGGACUCUUACGAGCGUCUAAACGAGACAAGGUCUUGCCACUCGCGAUCGAUUUGCGGACUGCAUCCGAUAUCUACGACAAUUUCGGGAAAUUUCGAACCGUCCUAUUCACGAUCGAACGAUCGGCCCGAUUCGGACCGCCUUAAUAUCUUGGAGUGGCCGGACCCCCCGCGAAGGCGGUUCACCACUGUCCAGGACUUCGACUCGGUCACAGGACUCGUAGACAUCGUCGAGGACAAUUGGCCGAUAGAAGAGAACCGCAGCCUCGAUUGCGUUUACACACAGGUCAAGCGAAAGCGCAAGGAGCACCGGAGUCUAGACAGCAUCCUCUUCGAGGACGAGGACGAGCUAGAGUACUUCGACGUGCUAAAUCUACUUCCGCUGUCGAACGUCCGUCUGGAGUUCUCCGACCAGGACGAGACCAGAAGCCGAGUCCUUCGUAGCGGCAGGACGAACCCGAUAUCCAGCGGCGAGGACACCGACGAGAACGCUCCUCGAGUCCUGGAUCUCUCUCCUUCAGGCGAGAACGUGACCGACGAGGAGAAGAGCAGGAUCCAGGAUUCCGUGGAGGAAACCCGAGGAAAGCAGAGAAGGAAUCCCUCGUCCUGUCGGGUCCAAGGAAACCACCACCCUAAAAACAGGACCCCCGACCAGGAAUCCUUAGCUUCCAUCAGGGGAGAUCAGAAUUCUCCGGAGAAGAGCUCAAAAAGUCGAAGAUUAACCCUUGAGGAGGACGAAGAAGAAGGUCCCGAGGCAGGAUCGGAAGUCGGGGCGGAGGAGUCCAGGACGGAUGUGGAGGUAAUCAGGGAGGUCCUGGAAAAAAGGGAGGUGGAAGAGGCGGAGGACUUCAAAUCCAUCUGGAUCUCCGACUCGGAGGAGGUCGAGGAGAUGUCCAGGAGGCCGCAGGUCCUGAAGAUCGUCGACAACGACGUCACCAGGAGGAGCGGCAGGGCCUCGCAGCUGGUGGAGGUCCAGGUCCUGGAUGACGAGGUGGAGUGUAAAGGUCCCGAGGUGAAGGCCACGGAGAAGGACGACGAAGCUUCCAGGACGCAUCCUAAGGAAAGGUCCUGCCAGGAUGAGCAGGAUUCGAGUCUUCAGAGCGAGGGGAAACUGGGAAGGAUCAUCAAAGAGACGUCCAGCAUCCUGGGGAAGGCGUGUAGCGCGGUGAAGGGUACUUUAGGGUUCGAAGCCAAAUCCGAGGGUUCUGGGGAGGACGACGGAGUGGACGUGGGUCCUUCGACGAGGACAAAAAGGACCUCUAAUCGCGACCAGGAUGGGCCGGAAUUUGAUCACGUGAGGUACAAGAUCGUCAAGUCGGACGUCUUCGGCAGGAACAUCUACGGGACCUCCAAAGGAGACGUGUCCUUCGACGGGCUCAUCCAGUACCUGAGGAAGUACUCGUUCCAGGACCUCCUGGUGGACAACAAUGUCGUCAUCAUAGAGCCGGUGCGCGCGGAAACCAUUGAGAGGAAGUCCUCGGCCGAGGGGAAGAUCAAGAGUCCUGCGAGUUGCAAAGUCGCGGGAGCAUUGCAGAAAAGGACCAAACCUGAAGAGGACGAGGACUCGUCCAGGUCCAGGAGUCUGGAGGGCUCGAAGGAGUCCUCUCUCCGCAGGCAUUUCUUUUAUCAUCCCAUCAGGGUCAACCGGGAGCUGAUCGACGAGGAACUCCCUGAUCCCGACACCGUAAGAAAUGUUCGCAGGAUGUUCGAAAGUACCCUGCAGCUCAAACGACCUGACGACGAGUUCUCCAGGAGUUGCAGGACCCGCAGGAGCGUCAGCAUGAAAGACCUGCGGAGGAUAAAGGACCAGCUGCAGGAAAAGGAGCCUUUGGAGGUGUCCAGGACAAAGGACCUCGGUGGGACGAGGGAGGCGGAGAAAUCCUCUCUCCAGGGUGCCAAAGAGGAGCCGGAGAGUCCUAGGAGCGAGUCGAAGACCAGGAUCCUGGCGAGGUCCUUCGAGGCCCGAAGCGGUCACACCUCCCCCAGCGAUUCGACGACCCUGAAGAGCUCCGAUAAGAGCAAAUAUCACAAUUGGGAUGCAGGAAGCGUGAGUUCCGGGGUAUCGAGCGACUAUCCGGACACGGAUCCUGGAAGCGGGGCUCGAUGCACGUCCUCUGACGAGGACCUCGACUGUCGGGAGGACGACGAGCUGGACACCGUCUCCGGGCACUUCGUCUCGCAGGACGUCCUGAAGAAAAUUCGCGAAUGCGGCACCUCCGUCACUUAUUACGGGGGCAAGGUGGUGCACAUCUGCAACGGGCCCCUGAUUUCACCUGCGAGAGGGAAACCGAUAAAGGAUGUCCUGGGACGAAGAGAGGCGCAGAACGGCAAGGACUUCGUCAAGCUCAGGCUGGUGAAGAGCAACUCCUGCGACAGCAGACUCGAACUUACGGGACGCCUGGUGGACAGGUCGAGAAAAACCGGAAACGAUGCCACAGAGAUCAGUCAGGUCUCAGGGACGAACGGGGACCGAAGGCAGGACCUGAGGAAGUGGCCCAUCCUGGAGAACGAGGACAAGUCCUGGGACCAGGAGGGGAAGAGGGAACCCCCGGUCGUUGUUGGUCUCGCUCCGAAAAGGGACGAGCGCAAAGAACAGGAGGUCUUCAGGGCGGAUUUCAACCUUUGCAGGAUCGACGACCUCGCCAAUGGGGUUGGCAAGUUCGGGAACAGCGCCCUGACCAGGUGGCAGGUGAACGAGAACGCGACCAGGUGCGACUUCGGCAAGAUGGAGUUCGAGGAGUUCGAGGUCCUGGAGGACAGCCUUAAUGGGAACGAACGUUAGGAGGAUUUUUUUUUGGGCCUUUGGCCUUUAGAAUUUCAUACGACGACCUCGGGACAAGGCUCCCUGCGAAAUGAACUUUAUGCCCAUGUUGAGUACACAUAGAGUUUCAUGUCCAUGUUGAGCAUACAUGAUAUUUCAUGUCCAUGUUUAGCAUAAAUGGUAUUUCAUGCACAUGACGAGUGCACAUGAAAUUUCAUGCCUGUGAUGAGUAUACAUGAAAUUUCAUGCCCAUGAUGAGUACACAUGGAAUUUCAUGUCAUGGGGGAGUAUGUAUGUAUACAUGGUGUUUCAUCGGAAAGCGGUCAUGUCAGCCUCUAUUCGUCUUUUCCAGGAUGUCGAAAUGACGUCGAGAAGGAAAUCUCGAAAAAUCGAGUGUCAUUCUUGGGAUGAACUGGACGCGACGCCCAUUUUUUUCAUCGACCUUUGAAAUCCCUCCCACGGCGACGGAAUUAUCGAAGUGUCGGCGUAAGGACGGGAAAACUUUUGGAAAAAUGGCGCGCGAACGUAGAAUUCAGAAGUCCCGUAGAUGUUAUGGACGUAGGAUAUAUGGAGCCCGGGAAAAGAUUUACUUAAACGAAAUUAAUGUAAAGAAGAUAAUAGGGCACUUGCUGAAAGGAUCGGCAGGGAAUCGCGCUGAUAAAAUUAGGAAUAAUAUUUAUAUUCCAGUCGGAUCGAGUGCAAUACCAUUGACAAUGUGCAACGUAAAAGUGUUGGAAGUGGGUCUGGAGUUUUAAGGGAUUCUUGUACAGCUUUCGUCUCGCCUUAAAAUCGGACCUGUUGUAAUUCUGUGAGAGCGUUUUAACGAUUUGCAUUUCAGUCGCAUGAUGCAUCGUUAAAUAAAUGUCUAAUAAAUUCAAUUCGCAUGCGGUUCCGGGAAAGGUUUAAAAAAAACUAUUGAUCCUUCCGAUCCCCCUUUCAUAUCACCUUAAUUAAUUUUGAGGGUCGGAGGGUGCGUCACGUAUGCAGCUCCGAGGGCGAUCCCUGGGUCGGGUCUCUAUCAGCCCCUAACCUGGAAUGAUAACCCGAUACGGGGCUCGUAAAGGCCCGAUGACAGUCGCUUUAUACCGCCAUUAUGGUCGGCAGGAUAACAGGGAUGUAGAAUACCAGCAAUAAAGCGGUAACCAUGGAGCACCCUGUCGUACGAAUUUAUGCCCGCGUGCAACUCCUGACUUUUUCCGCCGUUAAACUCCGUAAAAAAAAAAUCGGCCGAGUUUAAUGGAACCUAUGAGAAAUAUCGCCGGUAGGUUUUCCCCCAUUAUAUACAGUAAAAGACGAACCAAGCUCGACGGGGUCUGUGCUAAAAAGUACCCAGUAGUUUCACCCCCUUAAGGGCCGUAAAAAGUCGACGAAAGAUCACGGUGUCCAGGUUAAAAAGCGAACAGUUAACUUUUCCGCUCUUACGACUUGUAGAAGAUGAACUGGACGCGAUCGUGUCUCUAACUAAAAUGUAUGAAGCAGCUUUUACCUUUAAGCUCCGCUAAAAAUUGCCCGAACGUGACUCCGUUCGUACUUAAGCGUUGUCAGGGAUUUCUUCCUCCCUUAAGCCCCGGAAAAAUCGACAAGGCGGUACGUCUCUAUUAAAAUUUAUCCAGCAGCUUUGUCAACCAUUAAGGUGAU